GGCUAGGCAUGUUCCGGGCUUGUUGAAUGUUGUUGCUGACGCACUGUCUCGUUCACAGUGGGAACGUUUUCGGGAGGCGGCUCCGGGAGCACAGGAUACGGGUCAGGCAUGCCCGGAAGAAAUAUGGCAGCUCGGGACAUCAUGCUUGGGGAUUUUGUAAGGAGUUCCCUAGCGCCAGGCACCUGGGCGGCAUACACUAAGGUUUGGACUGAAUGGGAGGAGAUGGUUGGGCAGACGGGAGGGGAGUCCUCCGCAGCAGGUAGGUUUGAUACACUGUUAUGGUUGUUGUGUCGGUUACUGGCCUCCCGAGUAGACCGUUAUAUGUCAGCUUUGGCGUUUUGGUUUAAGUUUAAUAGAUGGGAGGAUCUUACCAAGAAUUUUUUAGUGAAACAAGCUUUGCGUGGCUUCCGUAAAGGGAAGAGGGCCGUGGACACGAGAAGGCCGGUGUCGUUUGCCAUCUUGCGAGGGCUGGUGGGGGGGCUGCGCGAUGUGUGCACUUCAACGUUUGAAGUGGUUUUGUUUUCAGUAGCUUUUGUCUGGGCCUUCUUCGGGGCGUUCCGCAUUGGUGAGCUAGUCAGCUCUAACAAGUCCGGAGUUAACGGGCUCAGGUUCGAGGACGUAGUCAUUGGCCAGGACAAAAUCGAGAUUCAACUGCGACGCUCCAAGACGGAUGUUUUCGGGAAAGGUAGGAAAGUAGUACUGUUUUCAUUGCCUGGGUCCGAGGUCUGCCCGGUGGCGUGCGGGCACGAGUUCUUAUGCAUUCGCCCAGGUGAGUCGGGGUGCUUUUUCGUCCAUGAGGACGGUUGGGCGCUGUCACGUUUUCAAUUUGCCCGGGUAUUUCGCAUGGGGCUUCAGCAGUUGGGCUUACAUCCUAUGCAAUUUGGCACACAUUCGUUUCGCAUUGGAGCGGCAACGGAAGCUGCGCGACUGGGACUGGGGGACGAACGGAUUAAACAGAUAGGUAGGUGGGAGUCCAUGCGGUUUCGUUCGUACGUGCGACCAGAUUGGUUGGUAUAACGUGGCCGUGGUACGGUUGGGGGGUUUUCUGUACAUGCUCUGCAAGUUAAUUGAUUUUGUUUCUUCACAGGUUUGGUUACCUGGUUGGUGGGUCACUCUUAUGUUUAUUGGGCGCAGAAGAGGGCCGCAGUUCGGAGGAAUGAAACGCAGCUGGGUUUUCUUCUGGAAACGGUGGAGUUACAGUGGUUUGGAUUUCGUGGUUUCAGUUGGCAGAGCAUUAGUGGAGAGAUUUUUAGGAGGGUGUCAGGGGGGGCUUCCCCUGACAUAAUACUUAUUCAUGGUGGGGGUAAUGAUUUGGGAUUGAUUCCUCAGAGGGAACUAAUUAGGAGAAUGCAGCGGGAUCUGGAUCGGCUGCGGGAGCUGGUGCCUGGCGUGGUGGUAGUAUGGUCCGAGAUGGUGCCGAGGUUUAAUUGGAGACACGCCAGGGACUCAGCUGCCGUGGCGCGAUGUCGUGGGAAGGUGAAUAAAGCUAUGUCAGUUUUCGUCCGGAGAUCGGGCGGGGUCGCUGUGCGACAUUGGGAAUUAGAGGGUAUGUUGCCUGGGUACUUUCGCAAGGAUGGGGUGCACCUUUCCGAAGUGGGGUGCGAUUUGCUAAAUUUAGGUUUUCAAGAGGGCAUA